AUGCAGACCCGCGCCCAGACCUACGCGUCCCGACCCGCCACCCUCUUCCUCACAGUCGGCUCCACCCUCUUCCCCUCCCUCACCACCAUCGCGCUCUCCCCCGCGUUCCUCGACGUCCUGUUCGCGUCAGGCGUGCAGCGCUUGCUCGUCCAAUAUGGCCGGGCCGAACUGCCCCUCCCCGACGGGGUGAUGAUCACCAAGCGAUCAGACAAGGCGGACGGGCACAUAAACUUCGAAUGGCCUGGCCGGGGCGCGCAGUACAAGGCGUACCAGGACGCGAAGGGCACCAAGGGGGCGUACGGGUACGGAGAGGGGCCAAAGAUGGAGGUGGAGUUGAUCAUGUUUACGGAGAGAUUCGGGGGGGAGGUGAAGGAUGCGAAGUGGGUGAUUAGCCAUGCGGGGUCAGGUUCAAUAUUGACUGUCUUGCACACGCCGAGACCAUUGCUUGUUGUCCCCAAUACAGAUCUGAUGGAUAAUCACCAGGCUCAGCUGGCCGAGGCGCUCGGUGGGGGUGUGGAUGGAGAGGGGGAGGGGUACUUGUUAGUCUCCACGCUCGAGGACCUACUGGACAAACUGCCGAAGCUGCUAGAUGAAGACUAUACGCCGAAGCCAUUCCCAAAGGUCGAGACGGAUAGGUUCAAGAAGAUCUUGGACGAGACGGCGGGGUUCGGGUCGUGA